AUGAGUGAAAACUUUUCGGUGUAUAAUAAGCUCCGUCUGGAGCAGCAGCUCUGUGACGCCGUGAUCAGAGUGGACAACGUUAAAUUCCUGGUGCACAAGGUCUUCCUGUGCAGCUGCAGCUCGUACUUCAGGACUCUCUUUACCCACUGGUCAUCCCCAGACUGUCAGAUCUUUGACAUUCCUGAUGUGUCACCUGAAACGAUGGAGCUCUUUAUUGAAUUCUCCUACACUGGCGUUGUUCCCGUGACAAUUGACAAUGUGCAAGUUAUUUUUAUAGCAGCCGAUCGCUUCAAUGUAACAGGCAUUUUACAAGCCUGCAGCGAGUUCUUGGAGAAGAAACUGACCCCACAGAACUGCAUCGGGAUCUGGUUGUUCUUAGACAUCUACUACUACCCUGAACUGAGAAACAAAUCCUUCCAUUUCAUGCUGAGUCAUUUUGAGGAGGUGUUCGCCACCUCCGAUGACUUUCUCUUCCUUUCUGUGGAACAGCUUGUCAAACUUAUUGAGAGUGAUCAGCUCAUUGUGAAGCAGGAGGAGAGUGUGUACAUGGCCAUCCUUGUCUGGAUUGGCUUUGCACCUGAGGAGCGCAGAGAAUAUGCCCCACAGCUUUUGUCCAAGGUUAGACUGGCUUUGAUGAGACGCGAGUCCUUAACCAACAUUACUGAAAACAAAGUUGUGAUGUCCAAUCUGGAGUAUCAAGAUAUUGUCCUCCAGACCCGGGAACUCAUCCUUGACCACGUGAAACACAUUUCCAACAACUCAAUUAUUUUCAAGAGCUUGGCCCAUCCUCGCGUCCCCCCUUCCAUGCUGUUGUGCAUAGGAGGCUGGACCAGCGGGAACCCCACCAACAUCAUCGAGGCAUACGAUGCCCGCACCGACCGCUGGGCCAAUGUAGCCUGUACACAGAGAACUCCCCGGGCCUACCACGGCGCUGUCUUCCUUGAUGGAUCAGUUUAUUGUGUUGGAGGCUUUGACAGUGUCAUGCACUUCAGCUCUGUUCAUAGGUUUGAUUUGGGCACACAGACGUGGCAGGAGGUGUCCCCAAUGCACUCCAGCCGCUGCUUUGUCAGCGUAACUGUUUUGGAUGGGCAGAUAUAUGCCUUGGGCGGGUUCAAUGGAGACAUGCGACUGGAUACUGCUGAGUGCUAUGAGCCUUCAACAAACCAGUGGACUGCAAUCGAAUCCAUGAAUGACCAGAGGAGUGAUGCCAGUUGCGCGACCUUCCUUGGAAGGGUGUACAUUUGCGGCGGCUUCAAUGGGAGUGCUUGUCUGUCAACUGCUGAGUUUUACGACCCAGUCACCGACCAAUGGACCCUGAUCUCCUCCAUGAACAGCAGGCGCAGUGGAAUCGGGGUCAUCGUCUAUGAAAACAAAAUCUUUGCAGUUGGUGGUUUCAAUGGAGUUGAGCGUCUCCAAACCGCUGAGGCCUAUGAUCCCCUCACCAACACCUGGGAGAGCGUGCCCUCCAUGCUGAUGCCCCGCAGCAACUUCGGCAUCUCCGUGAUCGAUGACCGCCUUUUUGUUGUGGGAGGUUACAACGGCAUUGGCACCGUGGAUGACGUGGAGUUCUACAAUGUUGAAACUGGCGUCUGGUCCAUAGCCUGUGACAUGAAAAUGUCCCGCAGUGCACUGAGCUGCUGCACGGUGUAUGGACUCAGCAACAUGGAUUAUUUUGCUGCCAUCUUUGAUCCUCUGCAGUUCCGACAAUUACGCUCUGAUUAUGAAGAUGAGCUGGAGGAAUGA